AUGGCAGUUGCCAACGGCACCGCGGCGGCGGCACGGCAGUUGCUGCAAAGCGGCGCCCGGUUGGAGGCGGCGGCCGAUCGGUUUGAGGGAGGAACCCCACUGCAUGUGGCAUCCCGUCUUGGCCAAGCAAAGCUGGUGAAGAUGCUGUUGGAGUGGAAAGCGAAUGCUUUCGCACGUGACUCAAAGGACCGAACACCUUUGGAUGUGGCAAUGGAAUAUAAGGUUCCGAGGGCGAUCGAAGCAUUUUGUGUGGCGGGUGUCACCUUGGCCCCACCCGAAACGGCCGCGGGCACCGCCUGGCACCGCAAGACUGAGCAGAAAAUCCUUAAAAAAGCAAAGGCAGCUGCCGAGGAGGCCGAGGACAAAGAAGCCCUCGAGUUCUUCAAGUACUGCCGGGGGAGCGACUGGGAAAGCACCGGUUUCACCGCCCUGCAUAUGGCAGUUGCCAACGGCACCGCGGCGGCGGCGCGGCAGUUGCUGCAAAGCGGCGCCCGGUUGGAGGCGGCGGCCGACUCGUGGGAGGGAGGAACCCCACUGCAUGUGGCAUCCGAACAGGGCCAAGCAGAGCUGGUGACUAUGCUGUUGGAGUGGAAAGCGAAUGCUUUCGCACGUGACAAGAAAAACCGAACACCUUUGGAUCUGGCAAUGGAAGAGUCGCACACCCAUUUGUUCGCAUGCUUGGUGCACACUGGUGCUGGUGGGCUGAAACAUUUGAUUCGAUUUGUUGAGAUGGAAGGCCAAGAUGCGGUUGAUGCCCUGGACGCCUGGAAAAGCGAAGCCAAAGUGUUGGAACUCGGGGGGGUGGAACUCGGGGGGUUGAAGAACAUUGAGGAGAACAUUGAGGAGCGCAUGAAGAGGAUGCUGGUGAUGCCACACGAACUAAAGCAGGCUCACUUGCAUGAACAUGUACGAGUGGUGAUGGCGCCCGCAGAUUACUUUCACAAUGAACCUUGGCUGGUGGCCCCACAAAAGUGGGUUGAUUUGCAAGAGCAGAAUCUGAUUAGUUCUCCACUAGUGCAGGUGAAUUGCUGGCUUUUGCCAGGUAUUUAUGCAAACGAGGCAUGUAACCGGAAAUUGCUUCAAGCUUUGAAAGAUACAGUCAAUGAUGAUGUCUUUGAAACAGAUGCAGUGGCAGCAGUAGUUUCAGCGGCUUGGCAGCCAAUGCGCCUGAGCACCAUUCUCGAGAUCCUUUCUUGUUUUCUGACAGUGGGCCUGCUUUGCUACGCAUCCUUCAUUCUCCGCCACGGCGCGACUCCGCCAACAGAAACGUUGGUCCUUGUCGCGAUACUGCACGGAAAGAAGUGCGUGGACGAAGUUGUUCAAUACGUCACAAAGCUUCGAGAGUGGAAACUCCUUGCUCACCUUCGGGAAUUCAACAACUUUGUGGACUUCGUCUACAUUGUGACUGGAUGGUGGGCGAUCUUGCCACAAUUCAUCACAGUAGGCAACCGGUUAGAGAAAGUUCCAUGGGCCAUGUUGUGCGCUAUGGCGUGGCUGCGUGCCCUUUACGCCUUACGAUGCGAAGUGUGGAUGGGGCCGCGCCUUUUACCAAUCCUUUCCGCCCUGAAGGACACCAUGGCCUUUAUGGUUUUGACUGCAUCAUGUGUUGCAGGUGCGACACAUGCAUACUAUGUUUUGCAGCUGAGGGAUGAACCAUCACCUUUCUACGCAGCAAUCACGCAGAUCGUCCGUCUUGGCAUUUUCGGGGAUUUUGACAUGUUCGAGUUCGAGGGACUGGACCCUACGCACAAGUUCAACCAUGACACAAAAGAGUGGGAGCCACAAGAUCCGGAUCCAGGGCCGAAUUACGGCUGGGCGCAUGCACUCUUCUACAUCACUGGGGUUGGAAUUACCGUGCUCCUCAUGAACCUGCUCAUCGCAGUCCUGGGACAGAACUUCGAGCUCUACCAGGAGAAGUGCGCCAUCCUCUUUCUUCGAGAGCGGGCUUCGAUGCUCCUCGAACUGCAGAACCGUAUCUGGGCACACUUUCCAAAGCGGAUUGUAAGGUGGCUUCAACGUUGUUGUGGUGGGUGCAUUUUGGCGCGCUUGACUUGUGGUGCCCUUUUGCUCUUGCUUCUGCCUCUGCUUUUCCCUCUCAUUUUGGUCCUGGCCGCACUUGUGGUCAUGAGCUGGUGCAUUUUCAAUGUCCACUUCAGCGGGAUCAAAUACGUUGUGGCGGUUGGCCUCGGGUACUGCGGAGAUAGACACACACGACACCAGGUGCAGGACCCAGACUAUUUGGGUUUCACGAGUGCGGAGAAAAGCCGCAUUUGGGUAUUGACCCGGAAAGAGCGGCCCAUGGAAGACAUGAGAAGCUUACGCUUUGAUUUGAAGAACCGUGUGGAUGACCUCGAGAAGAAACUCACAGAGCAGAUGGGAUCUAUGGAGAAGAGAUCGGAAGCAUCAAGUGUGGCGCAAAAGUCAACGCUGAAAGACGUCGAGCUGAAGUUGCUUUGGAUGGAGAACACACUGCAGACACUGACGGGCUGGGUGCAGAAGUUGGCGGGCGCAGAUCCUACAGGGUGA